CCAUAUCACGUGACGUGCCUGGUAGGGAAUGUUUGCGCGUCAAGAUGGCUGGUGCUAAGGACGAGAAGUUUCAAGCCAAGGUGGAUCAACUGAUAGAGAUGGGAUUUGAUGAGAAACAGGCACGAAACGCACUGGAGAAGACAGGCGGAAAUAUGGGUCGAGCAAUCAGAUGGUUAUCCGGGGUACCGGAGUCGGUUCUUGCGUCAUCGACGCCGAGCGGGGGUGGGUCCUAUCAUAGUCAGAUGAAUUUUGGACCAAGCAUGACGUUCCACACGGUCAGUUGUAAUAAUGUGAUGAUUGGAAGCCAUCAGAAGAUGACGGUCGUUGAGAAUCAUAUUUAUCAUCCUGGCAUGGGACCACCGUGGAGGCCGAGAGGACAUGCGCAUUCAUCAGCAAGGAAAGAUCAACCGACUAAACAGCUCGCACACGUUACAAGAGACCUAACCGAACGAGAUGGUGGGGGUGCCCCUCCUCCUCAACCUAAAUCGUGUUUCAUCUCAUAUUCUGCCGAAACGGCCGACGAAUUUCGGCAUGUGUCUCAGCUGGCGAAGGAAUUACGUGCGAAUGGAAUCGAUUGCGAUGUUGAUAUCUACUAUGAGGACAAUCCUCCGAUGAACUGGAGUGCGUGGUUGGAGCAGGAAAUUACGUCACGUGACGUCACCCUGAUCUGUUGCUCUCGGAGUUACAUCACACGACUCGAAGAAAAGCGUCGUAUACAUCAAUACAAUCGGGUUCACUUCGAAGGCAAAAUGCUGCAUAGCCUUCUCAUGAACACGAGUCCGAAUCGCUUCAUCCCCAUCUUUCUCGGUGCUCACAAUCGGGUCAACGUCGACUACAUUCCUCGUGUGUUGCGAUCGUCAAAGACAUACCACAUCGACGUUUUCCCGCCAAAAGUCGGAGAGUCCGGACACGAACACUUUAAUGACCUUUACAGAUUUCUCUCCAGACAAGAUACGUAGCAGGGGGUUAUGGGGUAGAGAGGGUCACAGGGGUAGAGGGGGCCAAGGGGGUCACAGGGGUUACAUAUUUGGUGAGAGACGUGCCCACUAUUUCAUAGUCUCGAGUGAUUUGAAUGUCGUUUGUACAUGUUGUAGCAACUUCCUGCUAUUUUCAAGCAUUUUAUAUCUAGUGUGCUGCUAGGUUUUAGUAUCUCUUAUUGGGUGCAUACUCUAGGUAGUCGUACUGUAUGAAGCUGAUUUGUUAGGAAUCAUUGACUUUUUUGUAAUUUUAGUAGAAACUGUGGCUGUUGUUUUAGUGUUUGUAUUGGCAUGUUUGACAUGUUUGUUGUUA